AUGACAACCCGUAGAGCAUUUGCCCGCCAGGAGGAGUCUAAACUCCAAUUGGCUUUACAGGAACUAAAAGUAAGUAAGGAUUUGUGUGCUCAACUGCAUAGUGAAAGAGAGGAAAAUGAAAAAGAAUUAUUGACAGUAUUAAAAAGUAAUGACAAGUUAAAAGCUUCAUUGACACGGUUACAUAUAGAUUAUAGUGAUCUUUCAGAGGAGAGAGACAGAUUAAAAUCAAUAGUAGUUAGUUUUGAUGAGUGUGCGGUGGAGUAUGAACAGGCACUGAAGCGGAUCACCACACUGGAGUGCGAGCUGCGAGAUGCACAAAAAUAUAUCUCUGAGCUGGAAGAGAGUGCCCAUCAAGCAACAGCACUGCACACUCAUAGCUUGUUCGAAGAGUUAGUUGAGAAUGCUCCAGAGUUGGUUGAUGUUACAAUUGAAAACCCGGUAACUAUAGAUCUUACAAAUGAUACCUUACCAGCACAACGGUUAGACAAUUGUAGCAACAAUAAACUAAAAAAGUACAUAAAAGUAAAUAAAUUAAUAAAGAAAACAAAAAAGAUAUUAAGUAAAAACAAAUGUAUUUCCAAAAUAUAUAAAAAUAACAGUUCACUAUUGUCAAAAUUUAAUGUUUGUAAAUUAGAAUUGGAAAAUAUAAGCCAGAGAUAUGAGUCUGACACACAAUUAUUAGAAUUACACAUAGCCCAGUUGCAAACUUCCUUAAGAAGUAUUACUGCAAAGUAUGAAAGUAGUGAGAAAAUGUUAAAUGAGUACCAACUGGAGAUGGAUGAACUACUAAAGUUAUCUAAGUAUAACUCUGAAAGAUUUGACUCACUCACAAACAAUUGUAUAUGUGAAUGUAAACAACUGAGUUCUCCACCCCCGGUCAAUACUCCCCCAUUUCAGGGAAUAUUGUGUGACAGGACUGAUCUCUCUACUGUUGAUAGUUCCCUCCAACAUGGAAACACAUAUAUGUACAGUGAUGAAAUUGGAAGGAAUAUGGGCACCUAUUUAUACUCACAAUUUGAUACAAAAGUAUCAAACAGCUGUUUACCAAAUUGCUGUCUUUCUGAAAUUAUUUCACAAAUUCAUAAAGACAGCAAAAAUUUCAAUAUACAAAGGCUAUUGAUAAAGCUUUUUGAAAAGCUCAGAAAAUUGUAUGGUAGUUCAGAAAGUAUACUAGAAGCUCGCAGUUUCGUAGCUUUCAGUGGUCAAACGGACUUAUAUUGGAUGGAAUUAAAAAACAGUUGCCAGGAAAUAUCUACUGAUUUUUUCACUUUUUCUUCAAUAUUUACAUGCGGAAAUAUUCGAAGU